GCCGCACUUUCCCGCUCCCGCCCUCCAGCCGCAGCCGCUCGUGCCGCCGCCGCCGCCUCGCGCCCAGCCAUGCCGAACAUCGUGCUCUUCAGCGGCAGCUCGCACCAGGACCUGUCCCAGCGCGUGGCCGACCGGCUGGGCCUGGAGCUGGGCAAGGUGGUCACCAAGAAGUUCAGCAACCAGGAGACCAGUGUGGAGAUUGGCGAAAGCGUGAGAGGGGAAGAUGUCUAUAUCAUCCAGAGUGGCUGCGGAGAAAUCAACGACAACCUGAUGGAGCUCCUCAUCAUGAUCAACGCCUGCAAGAUCGCCUCCUCGUCCAGGGUGACCGCAGUCAUCCCGUGCUUCCCAUACGCCCGACAAGAUAAAAAGGACAAGAGUCGUGCUCCGAUUUCUGCAAAACUUGUGGCCAACAUGCUCUCGGUGGCUGGGGCGGAUCACAUCAUCACCAUGGACCUGCAUGCCUCCCAGAUCCAGGGGUUCUUUGACAUUCCCGUGGAUAAUUUGUACGCGGAGCCUGCAGUUCUGCAGUGGAUCCGAGAGCACAUCGCCGAGUGGAAGAACUGUAUCAUUGUUUCACCUGACGCAGGUGGAGCCAAGAGGGUCACAUCAAUUGCAGACAGGUUGAAUGUGGAAUUUGCCUUGAUUCACAAAGAGAGGAAGAAAGCGAAUGAAGUGGACCGGAUGGUUCUGGUGGGCGAUGUGAAGGACCGCGUGGCUAUCCUUGUGGAUGACAUGGCUGACACAUGUGGCACGAUCUGCCACGCUGCGGACAAGUUACUCUCAGCUGGAGCCACCAAAGUUUAUGCUAUCCUUACCCAUGGAAUCUUCUCUGGGCCAGCUAUUUCCAGAAUAAAUAAUGCCGCCUUUGAGGCUGUUGUUGUCACUAACACAAUUCCGCAAGAGGACAAAAUGAGACACUGCUCCAAGAUUCAGGUGAUUGACAUUUCGAUGAUCUUGGCCGAGGCGAUCCGAAGGACACACAACGGUGAAUCUGUGUCUUACCUGUUCAGCCACGUCCCGCUGUAAAUGCAGGAUGUGAAGUGUAGAGCAAGCCUGCUCUGGCUUCUAUUUGUCUGAUUUUUUAGCUUUAGGACUCAGCAAUUAUAGGGUAAUGCAAAAGCAUCAGAGCUUUGUGUACUCCAAGAUCUGUUGUCCCCCUUCUAAAGCUCAAGACCAUUUAUUUCCAGUUUUGGGGGGAGAGCGGUGGUUAUUUGAUCUUUAAGUGAACUGUCUUAAAUGAGAAAUGUUUUUGUCAUCUUGACUUGUUCUGAUAGGUGACUUUUUCCUUUGUUUUGUCAGUACUUUGAGGCCACAACUUUCAAGUAUGUAAUUCCAUUGUGGAAGUUCAUAGUUUAUAUAUUUCUGGUUGCCAAAGGUGACUUUAGAUUAAAGCCUUCUGUGUAAAUAUAUAAUGAUAAUGCCUAUGGACAUUUGGGUAAAACCCUGUAUAGAAUGAGCCUUUUACUUCUGAGUGAACCUUAGAAAAUUUAUAAUACCCUGAAUUUUGAAUAUUUUUUUUUCUAGUAACCAGGUUUCAAAUAAACCAUUUUGGUUAUUGUGCUUAAUUUGGACCAAAUUUUAUGUAGGUUAAGAUGCCACUGACACGUUUAUUUUUUGGUAAACAUUAGACAUCUCAGAGGCCAUGUAGCUCAGUAUUUUUUUUUUUUGCCACUUUUGAAAAACAAGUUACAACUAUCACUUACCUGAAAUGUCGUGUCCUAAAAUUC